CUCUCCUCCCUCUCUCUCCCCAUCGAGAGAUCGACCGAGCGAAUCCCUAGCAGCAGGCAGCAGCCUCACAGUCACAGAUCGCAUUCGAGCACCACCGCGAAACCCCAGGAGCCGCAUCGAUGGCUCCCAAGGCGGAGAAGAAGCCGGCGGCGAAGAAGCCCGCGGCGGAGGAGGAGCCCGCGGCCGAGAAGGCCCCGGCGGGGAAGAAGCCCAAGGCGGAGAAGCGCCUCCCGGCGGGCAAGUCGGCCGGCAAGGAAGGCGGCGACAAGAAGGGGAAGAAGAAGGCCAAGAAGUCGGUGGAGACCUACAAGAUCUACAUCUUCAAGGUGCUCAAGCAGGUGCACCCUGACAUCGGCAUCUCCUCCAAGGCCAUGUCCAUCAUGAACUCCUUCAUCAACGACAUCUUCGAGAAGCUCGCCGCCGAGGCCGCCAAGCUCGCGCGCUACAACAAGAAGCCCACCAUCACCUCCAGGGAGAUCCAGACGUCGGUGCGCCUCGUCCUCCCCGGCGAGCUCGCCAAGCACGCCGUCUCCGAGGGCACCAAGGCCGUCACCAAGUUCACCUCAUCUUAGAUUAGUUUGGCGGUACUGUGUGGUGUAGGUAGAUGUGGGUCUGUUUAUCUGGUAUUGCUAGCGGUAGCAGUAGCUGGUGGUGUUUGGAAUGGAUGGAUGGUGGUCUGUGUGUGGUUGAAUUGCGGUGGUGCUUUUGGGAUCCUGUUCCAUUAUCCAGAAUAGUCACGGUGCUUGAUCAGCAUGUGAUUUCUGUCAGGAUGGAUGCUGUUACUGUGUAGUUGUCAUGUUGCUGGCAGUGAACUGAUAAUUCAAUGUGCAAACCUAUAUGUCAAGUGUGUUCUGCAUUUGAUAGU